ACGUCCUUAAGGCGCUAUGUUCAAAAGAUUUGCGAAGUUCGUCUGAUUUGUGAUUGUUUUCAUUCUCUGGCUAAACAAAUCAGUAAUGGACUCAGCAGAUAACCCUUUUGCCUCACUUGUGAAAAAUACAUCAGUCGGUUUGGGUCCAGCAAUAUUUGGUGCCUGUGAAACUGAGGUUACUAAAAUCUUGGAGAACAUACUGCUCAUUACCCAUGAUAAAGAUCUUGUUCUUGGUGAGUCCGGUAGACCUAGUCAUUUGCUUUACAUACAACCUUUCUCGUCUGGAAAUGUUCAGAUUUCCGGGAGCAGUUUGGAUGAACUUAUAUUUGACCGCACUCAAAUGAGAAAGUUCAACGACUAUGAUGUUGUCAGCCUUAAGUCAGGUGUAGCCACAGAUGUCAAUGACGUUUUGGUUUCCAAUCCAAUUAGUUAUUUGGUUUCUUCUUAUCGUCGCGCGUGUGCAAUUAAACAAACAAACGCUGUAAGUAGAUGUUGAACUAUAAUUUUUUUAUGUUAGCUUAGCUUUUCUGUAUCAUUGAGACCCUAAAUUUACUUCUACUCAGGGACUAACGAUAAAAAGUGGUUGUUGAACUGUUGCUUUCAUGUUUCCGUUUAUUACUUAUCAGGGAGCACAGUGUUAUAAACUGACUGGUUUUCCCUAUAUAAACUUUAAAUCAGGUUGAGCUUGCUUCUUUUUCGAUUGUUUCAGUGCAGUGGAUGAAUUCCUACUUGGGAUCGAUGCAGUACAUUACACUUUGUGUUAACUUUCUGGGAAUGCGAUUAGUUUGAGUAUUUAUGAUGCAAAACUAUACAUUACUUCAUCAGUACAUUGUUGAAACUCCUCCUGUCAUCGUAUUGUUGCAAGUAAGUUGGGAGGUAUAGAUAUCAGAAACCUGGGCAUUUUGUUCCUUGACCAACUAAUUUUUAAUUUUUUCCUGUUAUGAGAUCCACCUUUAGCAUCACCAGUUCAUUCAUAGGUGUUUCGAAUGAUAUAUCGGGUUACUGAAAGUAAUAAUAAUUUAUUUACUAUGGUAUUAUCAGGCUAGUUAGCAGAUGUUGAAAUGCUCAAUUAUCUAAAGGUGUUCAUAUGAAAUGAUGAUCACCUUGUAACCAAUUGUCUUUUCUGCAAUGUAUACCACUGUUUUGCAGAGACAUUUAUCCUUUCUUCACUGCAGUCUGUCUAAACAAGUAAACAGAACUCCCUGUUACUAUGUGUUAUGAAGUUUGUUUUUAAUUUCAUAACUUUUUGCACCAAUAGCUAUAGUAUACGACUUCCUACUUUAAUCUGUCGCUGUCAGCCCUUUCAAAUUCACAACAUUAAUAUUAGUAUAACUUUGCCUUACAUCUUUAUAUGUCAGUAAUGUCAUCUAUAUUUUGUUAUAUCAGCUUUCACAGAUCGUUGAAGAUUGUCGCAAAAGUAUCGUAAGACAAAUUGUACUUCUGUUGCUUGUCGAUGCUGAGUCCGAUAAUCCGGAAAGCAGCACGAACCUAUUUGAUAUCAUUUAUCAAGCUCUCUGCACAGGUAUGUUAACUCGAGGUUACCUUUCGCUUGUGAACUGUUUACUUUUUUAGUUUGGACUUUGCGCAUACUCCAUUUCACUCCUCUUAUAAAUUAACUUUGCACUUUUUAUUGUUUUUUAUUUGUUUAAUGAAUAUUUCUUUCUAAUUUUAAUAAAAGAUGACGGCGAUCAAAUUGCUUAUAUUCAAAAAAUGUUUGACGAAGUUCUCAAUCAUCUGGAGUCGGAAUCUCUGUCGGAUGUAAGUAUAGAAGAAUCUUGUCCUCAGUCCGCAUUGAACAGUUUACGACCGUUGGUCAAUCGCCUUCUAAUUCAGUUAAGAAAUAUUUAUUACUCCUCAGUGCAGUCACCAACAGUAGUAAAUAGCUUCCUAAAUAAACAGUUAGUGGGUGCCAGGGAACGUGUUCUGUUCUGUCCUCAACGCCGUCCUCUGUUGAUCAUGACAAUUUGGUUAUCUAAGUAUUCAGUCACUGCUCAGCUUAUUAUUGAGUUGUCGUUUCCUCAGAGUUUCUCCAGUGGUUCAUUUAGGCCUGAUGAAUUCGAAGGUGGUCUUUUGGGUCGACUUCUAGUUCCCAGUCAUUUACACUCACCUCAAGCAGCGGAAACAAUUUUCCUAACUAACCAGGCUCCAAUCGGUGAAUUUUUCACCGAAGAAGUACCUCUAAAAUCUGUCGUAGAGUCCGAACAACGUACAAUAUGGCAGUUAACUGAACAAAUGGAUUUGGAAUUGAACACCUUGUUCACUAAUUUACUCAGGGUCGGCAAACGACGUCCUUAUAUUAAGAAGUUACUGUUCAAAUGGUUCGGUGGAUGUAUUCAUGCUAACAAAGCUCGUGGUCAAUUAGCACAUUCAAUUAUGAAUCAUGAUUUAUUAAGUCGAUCAAAUACACCAAAUCUAGCUGGUGAUGGAUUUCUUAGUAAUUUUACAGCAGUUUUAGUUCGAUUAACUGGACCAUUAGUGACGUUGCCAGAGAAACCGCCGUUGGAUAAAAUUUGGCCAGAAUAUGCUACAGAUUCAUGUGCAGAUCGAACAGUAUUACCAGAUUUACGUGGAGAAACACGUCUUGCACCUGCAAAUAAAAUUUUUAAGAAAUCUGAAAAUGCUCCACUUGUAGUAAUGAAUAAUGAAGAUUAUCCUCUUUUAACAGAAUUAUUUUUUCUUGCACAUGCGGCUAUACGUAUUGGAUGGACAUCGUUAAUUGCUAGACAUUUUGAAACUGGUCAACAAUUGCAUCGGUUAGAAGAUCAAUUACAACCACAUGAAUCGGAUAAUUCUAAUGAUUCUCAAGUAAUUUUUCUACGUCGUUUUAUGCGUGAACGCACUGCACGGUAUUUGGAGCAAUCUACCAGUUUGUCGUGUAUGUCUCGAUUAAAAGAUCAAUUGUCAUUUGCUGUGACCACUUGUCGUUUUCUUGUUAAAUUGGCUAAGUGUAUACUAGACAAAAAUAGUAGUUAUAGUAAUGAUACUACUACUUCUACCUCUGAAUCAACAUCAUUUUCUCAUGGUUGUCUUUCUGAUUUACCAGAAUAUUUGGUUGAUAAUGUCGUGGAACUUGUUAGUUAUUUAAGACGUGGCAAAGAUGAAUUUCUUGAGUCUGUUGAAGUGUCGUCAAUUCCAUUGGAACCAUUGUUAGAAUUCAGUAUAAUAUUUAUGAAUCAUACAGGAUUAUUAACUAAUCCACACUUAAGAGCUCGUCUUGCUGAAGUUCUUGAAUCAUUAGUACCACAACGUGAUGAUGAAGCUUGGAAUACAAAUACUAGUGGUUCUGGUUUAUUGAAUUCAUUGCAUUUGUCUUUCCAUAGACGUGAAAAACUUAUGAAUCGAGAUUCAGAAAUCACAGAUGAUCCUGUAUUGAGUAAUGCUGUCAGAGCAUUGCUUACAGCAUUUGUCUCUAUAGAAUUAUCACCUGGUACUGGAGUUGUUGGCAGCGCUGGGAGUGCAGCUGAUGCAGUGAUAGCUGCUUCUUCAUCAUCUACAUCACAAAAUUCUUCACGCCAACCUGAUUCUCACUUAAACAGUAGUGAUAGUCAAACAGAUACCGGUAAUAAUAGUAGUAGCAGUGGUGGCAAUACUGCAACGGACACUCAGACUGCUGCUGUUGGAUUUGAAGAAAAAUUUCAUUAUCGACGUCCAAUGUAUGCUUGUUUAAGAUAUUGGUACGGUAAACCAUUAUAUGAUGUACAGUUUAAGCGUUUAGAAAAUGAAGCUUUAGCGCAUAUCGAUGAUGUGAAUCCUCCAUUAUUUCUACAAUUUUUAUCACUUUUGGUGAAUGAUGCUAUCUUUUUGUUAGAUGAAGCCCUUAGUUUAUUAGCCCAACUUAAACAAACUGAACGUGAAAGAGACAAACGUGGUGGGAAAUUAUCCUCUUCUUCAGACGAAGCAUUGUUUGCACAUACAGGUCGUUUAGCACGACAUCAUAUUAUGCUUGGAUUAGAUACCAUUGCUACAUUACGUCGAGUGAUCACUUUAUGUUCACAAUUAAUUACACAUCCAAUAUUGGUUGAUCGAGUUGCAUGUAUGCUAAAUUAUUUCUUGACAAGACUUGUAGGACCAAAACAACGUGAUUUAAAUGUACGUGAUAAAGCUGCUUAUGGUUUUAAACCAGAUUUAAUGGUACUAGAAAUUUCUGCAAUAUACCAGAUAUUAGCUCGUGGAUCUGAUUCAGCAGUUGAAACAGAUACUGAAACAAUCGCAUCAUCUUCGCUACCAUCAUCAUCGGAAUCAUUUCGUCGAGCUGUUGUUAGUGAUGAAAGAUCAUUUACACCAGAUUUGUUGGACCAAGCUUGUCGUGUAUUAGAUCGAAUCGCUGCACCAAUAGAUUUAUGUAAUAAAUUCGCUGAAGCUGUUCGUCUAAUUAAAGCUGAAAAUGUAAUAAAAACUAGCGAAGAAUUAGAUGUAGAUGAUGCACCGGAUGAAUUUAUUGAUCCAAUUAUGGGUUGUUUAAUGGAGGAUCCUGUGAAAUUACCCACAUCAGGUCAAAUAGUUGAUCGUAAAACUAUUUAUCGUCAUCUGUUAAAUGAUUCUACUGAUCCAUUUAGUAGAAAACCAUUAACAAUGUCUCAAGUUGAACCACAAGAAAAUUUACGUUCAGCUGUUCGUAUGUGGAUUGAUGAACGUCGAGCACAAAGGUUAUCAAAGAAUACUCAGGGUAAAGAACAACAGUCUUCUUAAUUUAUACAUAAUAUAUACAUAUUCAUAUGUUGGGACGGCACCUUAUUAUUAUUACUUCAAUCUAUAGUUUAACAAACAAAAAUUAAAAACACGAUUUUUUUUUGUAUGCAACAUACAAUUUUGUGCGUAUAAAUGUUUAUGAUCUGGUCUCUUCAUACUUUAUUGAUAUUGUCUAAACUCAAUCUUACCCCCUCCCCUCCUCUAUUUUUUUUUCUCUCGUUCACUUAAUUAUUUUUUCUUCAGUGAUAUCUUUGCAAUAAUAACAAUACAAUAUAGUAAUAACAGUAAUAAUACUAAUUAAUAUGUGAAUUUGUAAAAGACAAUUAAAUUGUGUAUAAAAAGUAAGAAAUAACAAAAAACAAAAAUAUGAUUGUAUUAUGUAAGUUUGAAUUU